CUGGCAGCCCUCACCACCACCACCACCACCACAACACUGGCCUCAUCUUCCAGUGCCAGUGUCUCUCCAAUCCAUACCAAACUCAUUAUCAAUCACUGUUCUGCCGGCUCUACCGUUUCGUCGACCACAUCGGCGCUCUCGACCCCCGACGACGAGCUGAUCAGCCAAUCGGGUGACAACCAGUUGUGCGAACCCUGUCCCCCGCCAAUAGCGGCCAGACCUGAGAAAACUAAAUCUAUUUAUACGAAACCUGUUUGUGAAGUGAAAAAUGUGAAUAAAGACAAAGACAUUGCAAACAAUAAUAGUAACAAUAAUUGCAAUAUUAAUAACACGAACAAUAACUUCAGUGUCGGUGUGGGCGCCGGCACUCAGCUGACGGCCCAACAGAUGAAGCAGAAGAAGAAGAAGAUGAGCGACGAAGAGAUAAUCGAGAAGUUGCGCGGAAUUGUGACAAUCGGUGACCCGAACCGCAAGUUCACCAAAAUGGAAAAGAUAGGUCAGGGCGCCAGUGGCACAGUCUAUACGGCCAUUGAGAUCCUGACGGGAAUGGAGGUCGCCAUCAAACAAAUGAAUUUAUCACAACAACCAAAGAAGGAACUCAUCGUCAAUGAAAUCCUCGUCAUGCGAGAGAACAAACACCCGAAUGUUGUCAACUAUUUGGACAGUUAUCUCGUGGGCGAAGAGCUGUGGGUAGUGAUGGAGUACUUGCCGGGGGGUUCACUGACUGAUGUGGUGACUGAGACCUGUAUGGACGAGGGGCAGAUUGCCGCCGUCUGUCGCGAAGUCCUUCAGGCCUUAGAGUUCCUGCACUACAAUCAUGUGAUUCAUCGAGACAUCAAAUCAGACAAUAUUUUGCUUGGAAUGGAUGGAAGCGUUAAACUCACGGACUUUGGCUUUUGCGCCCAAAUAUCUCCCGAACAGAACAAACGGACCACAAUGGUUGGCACACCCUAUUGGAUGGCACCAGAGGUUGUCACACGGAAACAGUACGGCCCCAAAGUGGACAUCUGGUCAUUAGGCAUAAUGGCUAUAGAGAUGAUUGAAGGCGAGCCCCCGUAUCUCAAUGAGAACCCUUUAAGAGCUCUGUACUUAAUCGCCACAAACGGAAAGCCAGAAAUUAAAGAAAAGGAGAAGUUGUCGCCUCUGUUCCAGGACUUCCUCGACAAGUGCCUUGAAUGUGAUGUCGACAAGAGGUGGUCGGCAUCGGAACUAUUGAAGCACCCAUUCUUGAAGUUAUGCCGACCGCUCACAACACUUCACGCACUCAUCGUAGCGGCCAGGGAUGCGACGAAAGGCCAUUGAUUUGUACUCAAGCAUAGUCUUAAAGCAACAGAGCCUUAGUAUAAGUUAUGAAAUUAUGUAUCAAUAACUUAGCGUUACAUGAGAUGCAAUAUUUUUGUCUAAAAUUAUUAUAAAUUCAAACAUUUAAAUUCCCGAUUAUUUAUUAAUUGCACACAAUUUGGUUGCAAAUAAAAAACUUUUUAUGUAAAUAA